UCUACUAUCUCAUAUUCUCUCUCUUUCAUUCUUUAUCUCUCACUCUUCCCGCUCAUACACGACCUCUCUCUCUCUCUCUCUUUCAACUCUUUCUCCCUCUCGCGUGCUCUCUAUCACUCCCUCCCUCUCAUACUCCAUUUACCUCUGUCUUUCUCACUGUUUAUCACUCAUACACUCAAAUUCUUUGCCUCGCACUCUUUCUCUCUCUCUCUCUCUCUCUCUCUCUCUCUCUCUCCUUCUCUCGCCCUCGCUCUCAUCUCCUUUCCUCCCUCUCUGUAGCCUAGCUCUCUCACUCUGUCUCUACAAUACAUUCCCUAUCUCUCUCACUCGCCCUUUCUCCCUCCCUCUCAUACGCUCUUCGCAUCUCUCUCUCUCUCUGUCUCUCUCUCUCUCUCUCUCUCUCUCUCUCUCUCUCUUUAUCUAAUGCUAACCGGCGAGGGAGCGAAGCACUCUAUUGUCUUUUGGCGAAGCUGAGGAUAAAGGAAAAAAAAGGGAAAAAAGAGGGAAAUCUGGUUCAGGGUGUUUUUCUGAUUUUGACCGUGGAUCGGUGCUGGUGGAGCGGUGCGCUGUAGCGGGAGUGUCCGGCCGCCAUGGCCCCGCGCUGGGCUGCGCUCUGCCUGCUGUGGCUCUGCGGAGCGGCCAGCAACUCCACACCUCAACACGGGGGCGGUUCGGUGAGGGCGAGGACCCUCCGUGCCGACAGCAGGGAGAUCACGGUGCCCGCGCGGCUCGUGUAUCGCGCGGAUCGCGGCGGCGUCCAGACGGCGCACGACAUCCUGGGCACGCGAGUGCGCGCGAGCUCCGGCGCCGAGCAGAAGAACCAUUUGGCCCAGACCAGUUUCCAGGUGAAAGCUUUCGGCCAAACGUUCAUGCUAGAUGUGGAACUGAAUCAUGAUCUGCUGUCUUCAAAGUACGUGGAGAGGCACAUAUCAGAGGAGGGGAAAUCAUACAUCUCCAAAGGUGGGGAGCACUGUUACUACCAUGGGAAGGUGCGGGAUAUCCCGGAAUCCUUUGUGGCGCUAUCCACUUGCCACGGAUUGCAUGGAAUGUUUUUUGAUGGAAACCACACAUACAUGAUUGAACCAGGAGAGGAGGGCAAUGAUAGCGAACGUGUCCAAGUGCACAUGAUUUAUAAGUCUCCUGGUCUCCAGCCUCCAGAGGAUUACGUCCCUCCCAUUGGUCUUGCAGAGUCACCAUUCCAGAGCCCCCCACUCUUCGCCAGAGCCGGCCUCAAGAGGAAGAAGAGACAAGUAUCAAGAAGUCCCCGCAACAUCCAAGAUGAGACCAAAUACAUUGAGCUUAUGGUCAUUAAUGAUCACCUGAUGUACAAGAAGCAUCGGCUAUCGGUCGGACAAACGAACAACUACGCCAAGUCGGUUGUGAACAUGGCUGAUUUGAUCUUUAAGGAGCAACUGAACACUAGAAUCGUCCUGGUUGCCAUGGAAACAUGGGCAGCAGACAACAGGUUCAACAUUAACGACGACCCUAUGAUCACGCUUCGAGAGUUCAUGAAGUACAGACGAGAUUUCAUCAAAGAGAAGAGCGACUCUGUCCACCUCUUCUCGGGCAACCGUUUCCAUAGCAGCUGGGGAGGAGCUUCAUAUAUGGGAGGAGUCUGUUCACUGACUAAAGGUGGAGGAGUCAAUGAGUAUGGAAAAACAGAGGAAAUGGCCAUCACUCUAGCGCAGUCACUGGGCCAAAACAUUGGCAUUUUCUCUGAUAAGAAAAGGAUUCUGAACGGGGAGUGCAAGUGCAUUGAUAAAUGGUCUGGCUGCAUAAUGGACGAUGUUGGCUUCUACCUGCCCAAGAGGUUCUCUGACUGCAACGUAGAGGAGUACCACAACUUCCUAAACAGCGGCGGUGGGGCGUGUCUCUUCAACAAACCCUUUAAACUGUUGGACCCUCCGGAGUGUGGGAACGGGUUCGUGGAGCCGGGGGAGGAGUGUGACUGUGGAACCCCAGCGGAGUGUGCUAGAGAAGGAGAAAACUGCUGUAAGAAGUGCAGCCUGACUCAGGGCUCUAAGUGCAGUAAUGGUCUCUGCUGCAGUAACUGUCAGAUGGAGUUUAUGGGUGUGAUCUGCAGAGAGGCUGUCAAUGACUGUGAUAUACCAGAGAACUGCACAGGGAACUCCAGCCAGUGCCCUCCAAAUGUACACAAAAUGGAUGGCUACACUUGUGAAAAAGAUCAGGGCCGAUGUUUUAACGGGAGAUGCAAAACCAAAGACAGACAGUGCAAGUACCUCUGGGGAGAGAAGGCAACGUCUGCUGAUAAGUUCUGUUACGAGAAGCUCAACAUCGAAGGCACGGAGAAGGGGAAUUGUGGGAAAGACAAGGACACAUGGAUUCAGUGUAAAAAGCAGGACGUGCAGUGUGGAUACCUGCUGUGUUCAAACAUCUCUCCAGCACCCAGACUGGGAGAACUGCAGGGAGGCCUGACCUCCUUUUCUGUGGCCCAACACAGCGCUUCACUGGACUGCAGUGGAGGGCAUGUGAUAAUAGAUGGAGACACUGAUUUGGGUUACGUGGAAGACGGCACAGCGUGUGGGACUGACCGUAUCUGCUUCAACCACAAAUGCCUCCCAAUGCAGGAGUUCAACUUCAGCACCUGCCCUGGCACCAAUGACAGAGUUAUAUGCUCUGGACAUGGGGUAUGCAGUAAUGAGCUGAAGUGUGUGUGUCACCUGGGCUGGGCGGGUGAAGACUGUAACUCCACAUCUCCUCUCAGCUACCUGGUGGUGGGACCCACAGCCACGUCCUCAGGCAUCAUCAGUACCAACAUCAUCAUCGGAGCUAUCGCUGGAUCUAUUCUCGUCCUGGCCCUCAUACUGACCAUCUCCGCAUGGGGCUACAAGAGCUACAGGCAGCGGCAGUAUGCAGAGUCUGAAGUACAUCGAAGAUUCUGCCGGCAAAUGCCGCCGGGCGACUACGUAAAGAAACCAGGUGAUGCCGACUCGUUCUACAGCGACGUUCCACAGGGCGUGAGCUCCAACUCAGGCAGCAGCUCCAAGAAGAGGUCUAACGGUUUGUCCCAUUCUUGGAGUGAGAGAAUUCCAGAUGCCAAAAACAUUUCUGAUAUCUGUGAAAACGGACGCCCCAGGAGCAACUCGUGGCAAGGGAACAUUAGUGGCAACCGCAAGAAGCUGAAAGGGAAGAAGUUCCGUCCUCGUUCCAACUCCACAGAGACGCUGUCGCCGGCCAAGUCUCCGACCUCCUCCACAGGCUCCAUCGCCUCCAGCCGAAGAUACCCCUACCCCAUGCCCCCACUCCCCGACGAGGAGAGGAAGGCCAACAGACAGAGUGCCAGGCUGUGGGAGACAUCAAUAUAAAGGAUCUCCUCGCAAAUACUCUGCAAAAUCUCCUUAAGGACUACGUUCUCCUCCGCUUUUAUACAAACCAGAAAAAACGAAACAAAUGAGAAAAAAAGAGAAGUCGAAACGGAACAACUGGAGAAAGGGGUGAAUUUAUUUCGAGUCCCCCCGGGAUCAGCGGUGUCCAUCGGAGGGUGGGCGCAAACCCAAGCUUUGGAAAAGCACAGCCGUCAUUCUCCCACCACUGCAGUCGCCCAACAUGGGAGUGGGGAACUUUGCUUUCGGUCCAAAAGGUAAAGCCAGGCACUGCUCCGGCCACGCUGAGUAGAGGAGCCAGCGGAAGAGGCGGGGUAUCAAACUGUGAGCCAUGCCCCCCCAGUUACUCCCCCAAUAAUGCAGAGACAAUAAAGCCCCGCCCCUAAACACCAAAAAUGUCUUGUGAUUGGUGUCCUUGUUGCCAUGGUGUGAGAAGGUCAUCAACCCCGGAUGUGACUUUUGUUGUUCGAAAGCACGCGUUCAACUGUAGAAACUUCCACUGUAUGCAUGAGAAUACAUGUUUAUCGACUCAUUGUAGUGCUAAAGACGACGACGAAAAAUAAUAUUUUAAUAAAGAUCAGUCACGCUAGGGGACCGCAUGUCUCAGAGGGAAGUUCUGUAGGCCGAUAAGAUUUACUUCUUAUUUUUAGGCUUGAGCUCAUCAUACAGUGCAUCGAUGCUAAUAACAACAUCCAGCUCCACCCACCCCCUCCACCCCCCCCCUCACCGUUACACUAUCUCUUAUUCUGUUAAUGUUACUUUCUUCUUUUCUCAGAGAUUUCUGUAAAUAUGUAUAAUUCAAAGACAAUGAGUGAAAUGUGUGCUUGUUUUUUUUUCCGUUUCCUUCUCUUUACUUUCCUCUUUGUUUGCACUUACAAACAGUAGGUUCUAGAAGAAACGUGAGUUCAUGUUCGUGUGUUCUUUAUGGAUCGGGAUCGUCCGUAAAAAUGUAAAUCUGCCUUCUUCAUCAUUUUUGAUUUCGACUCAUCUUCGUGUCUCCUAAGUCCCUGAGAUCCACCAUCCAAAACGAGUUCAUUUAUCACCCACUUUACCUGCAUCUUGGAUCUGUAGUUCGCAGUUCUGAAAAGGUUAUGGCGGAAUGCUAGCUGGUUUUGGAUGCUUCUCCGUAAUUUCUGUGAUUACAUGCUGUGCUAUUACUGACGGACAUUGCAGUGAACUUGUUCGGAAUAUCGGUGCGAUAGAUCCUCCCCUGAAGUGCCCUAUGUAUAAUAGUUUGUCAUUUAAAAAGCUGUUGAUGAAAUGUUUUUCAGUGUCGGGGAGAAAAAGAAACGUCUGUAAGUGGAAGUUGGGGUCGUGGAUUAGGAAAAAGAAGAGGUCUGCUCUGAGCCACAUUGGGUGGGGGGGGGGGGGGUGGGGGGGGUUCUGUGAAUGUAACACAAAUAGGCUGAAAUGAUCUCUGUACGUCCUUCAGGUUCUUCGGAGUACUGUGGUGCAAAUUGAAGAAGCAGUCUGCCGUGGAAGAACUGAUCCUGUAGACCAUCCAUAGCCUGCGUCAUCCAUAACCUUAGUCUCAGUCCUCAUUUUGGGAUUUCUUUUGCCAUUAGAUUACAACUUGACUGCUUCUGAGCAAAGUCGGAAAGAAGCCUUGCCAGGUUUUAGGAUGCUGAGACCUUUUAAAGGAAUACUCCUGCACUUUUCAGCCUGAUCUCGGUAUUAAUCUGUAGUGUACCGUUAAUCACCAUGGACAGUAAUCUGUGCAUCCCUGUGUGUAGAACAGAACAGAAAACCUGAGGAUCUUACCUGUAGAAGCCUUUGGUCAGUUGCUGAAUUCUUUCAAACGUUCAUGCAAAAUCCUCAAAGGUAUCUCGCAAAUUAAGACGUUAAUCUGUACCAUUUGUUGUUUCAGAGAUGGGACUAGGUUUCCAGAGGGAAGAAUUUGGCCAGCUUAGUGGUGUAGGUGGAGGCUUCCGCCUGAUUUCCAUGGAUACCAGAAAACAAAUCGAACUGCUUUAUUACUGUGCUGCUUCAGGGUUUAAAAUUUGGCUAAAACUUCAUAUGGACAGCUUUGCUAAGACAGUCUCUCAUGUCUGUGUCACCAACGUAGUUAAGGCCGUCAUCUUAUUUGUGUGAUUUAUCUGUGUAACCAUCUUACACACCAAACGGCAUUUUCUUGAAGGCAAAAAUGCAACUAGGUUUGAUUUUUGAGUCCUGACUGUGACCAAGGCAGACUGGCCCUAUGUGUUGCGCUUUAGCAAGAAACAUGAGCCUAACUAAAAGUGUAGGCCUAAAUCUAGUUGGAAACCCCCACCAAAGGCCAACUCACCUGCUGCCGAGCCUCUAAGUCACCUGGAAAGGGGUUGGGGUCAGCCCAAGCCUUGAGCCCGUGGUCGACCAGCUCAAGCCGUGUCCAUGAUAGUGUUCAGGUUUUAUCAGUCAAUGGAAUGGGCGCUCCAAAAUAUUGACAAAAGGGGAACAAGAACGUAAGAGAGAGAGAGAGAAAGACCCGCAGGUCCAACCAAAAACACAGUUUUUUCCGCCGUUGAUCUCCUUCCUUCCGGCUGAGCCCCGUCACAAUUAAUAAAGGCAUACAUGAGGUGGUUUGUGCCCCCGUGUGGUUCCAACAUUAAAGUCAGUAUCUGCCUCAUAACUUAAAGUUUAAGUGAUACUUUUUUAAUCCCACAAACGGGGAAAUUCCACCUCUGCAUUUAACCCAUCCGUGAAGUGAAACACCACAUACACACUAGUGAAUACACACACACUAGGGGACAGUGAGCACACUUGCACGGAGCAGUGGGCAGCCCUAUCCACGGCGCCCGGGGAGCAAUUGGGGGUUAGGUGUCUUGCUCACAGACACCUCAGUCAUGGAUUGUUGGUACUGGGGGUUGAACCGGCAACCUACCUGUUACCUGUUACGUGAUGUAAACACAAUGUAAAACUAAAACUUCAUUCCUUGCUGUUUUUUAAACAUUGAGUCACUUUAGUGGAAAAUAUGAAAAUGUCAUAUAGAAGUUGAAGAAUAUGUAAAAUCUUCAUUUCAUCAAGCAUGUAGCUUUGCUCCGAAAGUGUUUUGUCUUCUUGUGGUUGCUGUGUUAAACAUGCACAGACUGAGCAAACGAAAGAAAUCAGAGUGAGAGAAAACCUGAUUACUGAGCUACAAUUCAGCUCUAUCAGAUUAUAGAGUGUGCUGUAUACACGACCACAUGAAUAAUCAGAUAACUGCCGAAAUCCAAUAAUAAUCGGAUUAUUAAGUGCAUCUAAACACACUCACUGUUGGGUGUGGCUUGGGUAUGAUGGAUCAGCUGCGUUAAAAUUUUCUGCUUCGCCUCACCAGAGCAGCUCUGGAGUGAGGGGGCUGAAAUUCUCUGCUUUUGCUUUUCCAAAAUGCUUUUUGCAAGUAGCAAAUGAUUCCUUUUUUACUUGAAAACAUUUUUACUGCACAAACAGCACCGCAGAAUUCAACAUCUGCCCAUCGGCUUCCAUUGUGUGCAUAUCAGGUCAGCAGGUUUUCAGUCUGUUUCUAAAUCCAGGAAGAUGCACAAGGUUGCAUGUCAUGGAAAUCAACAUUGUGGUACAUUUACAGAGGACAGGAUCAGUUGAGAAAAACAGGAGAUUUCAUUUCAGGUCACCUAAGAGGAAGAACACCCAGUGCGGUCAGUAUUGUAUUUGUCGUGUGUGAGGUAGGCCGACUUCCUGGCCUUCAUCUGUAAAUAGCCUUCAUGUUCACUAAAGCCUGCUGUGUCUGUAUUCUGAAGAUGCGUUUGUUUCUCAGUGUGGGCACCGAGUUUCUUUACCGCUCUCUGCACUCGGACUGUACAUGCAACAAAGCGUCACCGCGACGUCUGAACAGCGUCGCUCAAACACAUGUAAGAAGUAUUUCUAAGGCAUCUUUGUAAUGUUCUUUUAUCCCCUGCCCCUGUAUUCUUGUAUGUACACAUUUAAUCCCAAAAUUAAGUGCAUUAUGAUUAUUAACUACAAUAGUUCUUCGUGUAAACAGAUUUAGGAAACAGAUUUUUUUCUUUGCAGACUUUUAUUUUGUGAACAGUUCACUUUUUACACCACAGGACUGGCAACAUGGUUGAUCUCCCAAGUGUUUCUCUUUGUGUAGAAAUGUUUAAUGCUUCUCUCUCUCUCUCUCUCUCUCUCUCUCUCUCUCUCUCAUUCUCUCUCACUCUCCCUCACUCUCCCUCACUCUCCCUCACUCUCCCUGUCUCUCUCUCUUUUUCUCUCUCUCUCUCUCUCUCUCGCUCUCUCAUAUACUCCUCUUCUUCUUUUCCUGGGCAGUGUAGAAGUGCAUGGCUCUACACAGUCUUGCUGAAGGCCGAACCCAAAGGCACCCCAAAAGAAGGAAAAAAAAAACAAACAUCUCAAGCAAUACUUUCAGCAUCUCACUGUCCUUCUAAUACUCACGGUUACUGUGCCCUGGGUCGGUCCACUGUAACUGGCCUAUCCAUGCUCAUUGUGUUCUUUUCUAGGAACUGUUGCUGGGGUAGACAAGCUUUAAAGAACAUUCAAACUGCUGGGAAUUUAAAACUGGGAGUUUUUCACAACAGAACACAAGUUUUGUUUUUGUGGAUAAAGUUGUGUUUAACUUUAAAACAUGGUGUUUUUCUUUCUCUUCACCUGAGAAAAUUACAGGCUGAACUGUUUACUGUUUUUUUUUUUUUUUUUUUUACAUUUUUUCCAGACAGAAAAAAAAAGUUUUUCCUUGCUGGCACUUACCUUAGUCUCCUAGCAUCCAUAUCCAUCCAUAUUACACUGAAUAGCACUUUGGAAGAGUUCCUGGGUUUCACGGUUUCAUCUCCAUCCUCUUUAGAGGUCAGCUACUUGACCCAAGAGUGAUGGUUUCUAUCAAAAGAUUAGAUCUUUCAUGUACAGGUUUGUGUUUUAAUGGUUUUUAUAUUUGAAGGAAUACACCUACAUGAUCCAGAAUAGCUUGAGGAGUGGGUGAACAUGCCCCUGAAUCAGAGGAUGUGCCGGGUUUUCUGCAGUAGCAGCAGUAGCGUGAGGAACUUUAGCGCAGCGUGUGGAUUUAUAUUCACAAUGUCAAGUUUACAUUGAGGCUCACCGAAAAUACAACUCACUAGAAACUUGCUUGUUUGCAAGUUUAGCUGCAUUUGGGUUCGCGUUCAGAACGGGUUUAAAUUAAGGCGUUUAGAGUCACGACCAGCUGCAGUUUCUCCUUACGCUCAGUGGGAUUUCUGUCAACAUUCUGGAUAGCUUGUCCAACACAGCAACAGUUGCUACCACUGAAUGCAUUUGUGGGUGGAGCAUGAAUAGGACAGUUCUAAUUCCCUGCUGCGAGUACGUGCUGUACUGCUUCUCAGAGUACUGGCUGUGUGCUCCCAUAAAGCUGGGAGGCAGAGCCAGAUGAAUGCUCUUGAAUGUAACUGAAGAGUACAGUGCACCAGGCCUCCGAGCAACACAACCCGCAACUUCUCCGGACCACGCACAACACAUCCAUAUACAACGUUAUUAUCCAUAGAGCAUCACGUCAUCAGCGAGAAACAGUAUUCUAACAAGACAAACUGUUUCAGGGUUGUUUCAGUUGGAGAACGAGAACAAAUCUACAUCAACAGUGCACAGUGUUCGUAGUCAGCGUUCGCUUCAGGAUGCUUCAUAAAUGCCUUACGUUAGUCUAACGCAUCAUACUGUCUGUUUCAUAAACCAUCUCUUUUGUUUUAUACUUUUAAUCCAAUGCUAAGUCUGUCCAUGGCUGUUUUGUUCCAUAGUGUGCUGUAUAUAUACUAACAAUUGAAAAAGGUCAAUGCCCGUAUUUUUUUUCUUACAAUUAUCAUUCAGUAUUGUAAUAUAUUUAAUACAAAAUAAAACUUUCAUUGACAUGA